UAUUUUUAUUUCACCUAUUUGUAUCUACUUCUCUAGUGUUGUAUAUACAACACCCUUUAUUUUGUAGCCCCCUGCAGCACAGGUUGAAUGGGUGUGCAGGGCUAACAGGCUCUUCUGUUCUCAGUCCUCUUGCAGGGUGAGUCGCAACACCCUGAGUGGCUACUUCCUGGCUGGCAGAGACAUGGUGUGGUGGCCGAUCGGGGCGUCUCUGUUUGCCAGCAGCGAGGGUUCAGGCCUCUUUAUCGGACUGGCUGGCACGGGGGCAGCAAGUGGGAUUGCAGUGGCUGGGUUUGAGUGGAACGCUACCUAUGUUCUGUUGGCCCUGGCCUGGGUGUUUGUGCCCGUGUACAUAUCCUCUGGGAUAGUGACCAUGCCCGAAUACCUUGGGAGGCGUUUUGGAGGAGAGCGAAUCCGAAUGUACCUGUCGACACUGUCACUGCUGCUCUCUGUCUUCACCAAGAUAUCGACAGACCUAUACUCUGGAGCCUUGUUCGUCCAGGUGUGCCUUGGAUGGAAUCUCUAUGUGUCCACUGUUCUAAUGUUGGUGGUGACCGCUCUCUACACUAUAGCAGGUGGUCUGGCUGCAGUCAUUUACACUGACACUCUGCAGACCUUUAUCAUGAUCAUUGGAGCCAUCAUUCUCACCAUUACAGCGUUUAACAAAAUCGAUGGCUAUCACAAUCUGGAGAAAGUCUACUUGAAUGCAAUACCGUCAAAGAUCAUCCCGAACACAACGUGCCACCUGCCGCGAGCCGACGCCAUGCACCUGUUCAGAGACCCGGUGGCGGGCGACCUUCCCUGGACCGGCAUGACCUUUGGCCUCACCAUCCUUGCAACAUGGUAUUGGUGCACCGACCAGGCGAGUGUACAGUUAAUUUACAAUUAG